AUGGAACCAUUAGAUAGCAAUGCUUGGGUGUUUGACUCCCUGGUGGGGUUUCUUCAUGGCCCCGUAUGGAAUGUUCCGUUACAAACUUUUAUCGAGGAAAAAUCUCUACUUUUUGAACCAACGGACAAUGGCGAAGUCAUGGAUAAUCCAGAAUACAAGAGGAUCCAUGAGGAAUACCGUAAUUUGGUCGACGUGAUGCUAGGUUCUUUCAUGGACGAUAUCGGUAUUACAGCUGACCAAUUCGAGGCAGCAUGUAAACUAUCAGCUCGCGAUCUUGCUGGGCUACCUGCCCACUUCCACCGGAGACUGUUUGAACAAAUUUGGGCAGCGAACGACUACGAGAUGUUUGUUAAGAUGAUGACACACAAAAACGUGGAGUUGCAGUUGCAGGCAUUGGAAUUAAUUGAGAGACGUUACGGAGCAAUGCCCAGUCUGUUUUCAACGGAAACAAAUUACGAAAUGCCAGAAAACGAUGAAACUGAAGAAUGGCCUGACAGCGAUGAUGUUAUGACCGAAAUAAAGAAGUUGCAACUCGAAGAAAUCGAAAAAGACGAAGAAGCCGAUACUGCAUGUGUCCCUGUCGCUCAUGAAGAGUUUGUCGCUGAAAAGAAAACUCUUCUAUCGAAAUUGCACAGUUUCGAGAAAAAAGAAGAGAAACCUGAAGUGGAAGUAGUCGCUCGCACGAAAGAUUCUCCGAUUGCCGCUGAACCAUCAAAACCACCGCCUAGAAAAGUGGAAGUGAGUGAAGAAGAAGUACGAGCACGUCAAGAAUACUUAAAGCAACAACGCGACAAGCUGCUUGCUUUGAAGAAACAAGUGCGCGAAAAAAGACUAGGUGUUGCUGAAACAAAUGAAUCAGGAGGUGGUGAAGGGUCAUUGACACAAGUUCCGAGGCCACGAUCAGCUCGAGUCGCGCAAGCUGCGCUAGCUGGUUCGCCACCACCGCCGACCCCAGACGCCAUGCAAUUACGAAGAGCUCUCGCCUCCAAACUGAAGACUGAAGUAGUCGAUAACAACUAUUAA